AUGGGUAUUACAGCUGAUAAUUUUGAGCUUAUAUUAAUGGUCGAUGCUGAUACAAAAGUUGCACCCUCAUCAUUGGCUUAUCUCGUUUCUGCUAUGAGAAAAGAUCCAACUAUUAUGGGUUGCUGUGGAGAAACACGUAUUGCUAAUAAAACGGAAACUUGGGUAACAGCCAUACAAGUUUAUGAAUAUUAUAUUUCUCAUCAUUUGGGAAAAGCUUUCGAAUCAGCUUUUGGGAGCGUAACUUGCUUGCCAGCACCAAAGGAUGGUGCAUGGGUUCCUCUUUUGUCCAAUCCCGAUAUUGUUGCUGAAUAUCAAAAGAAUAUUGUAACCACAUUGCAUGAAAAAAAUCUUUUACUUUUAGGAGAAGAUCGAUAUCUAUCAACUCUUAUGCUUCGCACUUUUCCGUAUCGUAAAACAUUAUUUAUCCCACAGGCUGUUUGUCAUACUAUUGCACCUAAAACUUUGUCUGUGCUACUUUCUCAACGCCAAACGCGUCAAGUAUUUGGUGAGAAUGGAAAAGAUGAGCAUGGAGACAUCACAGGAAGAUUUGAUUCAAGGAAAUUAAAAAUAAUGUCGUGGGAGGAAUGGGAGCAUGAACGUCAUUGUAUUGUCAGAUCAGUAGAAAAACACGAAACACUCGGACGUUCGGCAAGAUAUUUAUCACAAAGUCUACAAAUGCAAAAAGAACCUACAAAAAUACAAAUUGACUCGGAUCAUUUUUGA